CGAUGGCUAUAUAUAAAAAGCGCGGCACCCACCGGAGCUCUUGCCUGGCCUCAAUCACUUUACUAAGAUAACCCACCACCGGCCGUACCGAAUCGAUAAUGGAGCACCACCAGCGGCUGCUGCAUUUGUCGCCACACCAACACCAAGAACACCUCAUGAUCGGCCAGGGGUUCUUCGACGUUGACCCGAUGCACUUCCACGGCGAGGACGGCGGCUUCGCGGUGGAGCCGGCUGCCGCGGGCGUGGAUGAUGGCGCCUGGAUGGAGGACCUCAUGCAUCUCGGCGACGAGCUGUUCGGCGGUGGAGGUGGAGGUGGAGGUGGCGUCGCCGGGGACGAGAACGACAUGGUGGGCGCUGCUGCUGCUGACCAGGCAUGGCGGCAGGAAUGCGAGGGCGCGUCCCCGGACGACAACCCCUGCAGCUACGACGACGUGAUCAGCCCUGUCUCCGGCGAGCAAGGCCCGGGCUGCGAGCCUAGCCGCGACGACAGCGACCUGUCGGGGACGAGGAAGAGGAGGGACCGCUCCAAGACCAUCGUGUCGGAGCGCAAGCGGAGGUUCCGGAUGAAGGAGAAGCUGUACGAGCUCAGGGCUCUCGUCCCAAACAUCACAAAGAUGGACAAGGCUUCCAUAAUCGCCGACGCAGUGGCGUACGUCAAGAACCUGCAGUCGCACGCCAGAAAGCUCAAGGAGGACGUGGCGACGCUCGAGGCGCGGCCGGGAUUGGCCGGCCGGCGGCAGCAGCAGCAGCAGCAACAGAAGCAGGGACGCCGGCAGGGGCAGCACGGCCGCAACGGCGGCGACGACGAGGGGAACAGCGGCAGCUCCAGAGGAGGCGGCGGCGCGCGGGUGACGCUGGUGAGCGCGGCCCAGGUGGGCGAGGGCCGGUUCUUCGUGACGGUGGAGUGCGAGCGGCGGGACGGCGUGGCGGCGCCUCUCUGCGCGGCCGUCGAGUCCCUGGCCGGCUUCCUGGUGGAGAGCUCCAACCUCGGCUGCUCGUCGGACCGCGUCGUGUCAACUCUCACACUCAAGGUUAGUGAAGCAACGGAGGAGGUGAUGAUCAGCGAUCGCACGGUGAAGCUGUGGGUGAUGGCGGCGCUGCUCAGCGAGGGCUUCCGGCCGGAAGCCACGUCGGAGAUAUGCUAAGCCAGCCAGCCAGCCAGCUGUCGUCGAUCCAUGUGUUGUUAGUAGUGUGGCGUGUGCAUGUCUCCUCCGGUUGUCCCUGUCCGUCCGAUCCGUAUCCGAUGGCUGCUGAAGGGUUCGCAAGACUAGUGAGUGGCCGGGUUGUACCGCUGCUGUGCUUCAGUCGACCAGCGCCGUCGGCCCGCAUGGUUGGUCAAACGGCCGGCAUGUGCGGCGCCGUUAAAUGUCGUAGUAUGAAGCAAUCGACGGUAACAAACGCUUUGGGCGCCUGCGAUGCACUAUGUUUCAACUAUGCCGUGCCAGUGCCAUGAACCGACACUCGUACACAUUCUUGCCCAUGGUAUAUGUGCAGUGCACGCAAGAAGAAUUAGCACAGGCAUAUACUGUACUACUGUACCCAGUUACACACUCACUCACUCUGUAACUCAUUCGCUCGCAUUCAAGCACAUAAACAUCGUUCAAGUACUCGAUCGAGACUGCGACACAGAUUAUAAAGUAGGACUGGAAAGUUCACUUUGGUAGGGACUCAAUAGUAGGGGUAAGCGAUUAAGUAGAUUAUGUCUUUUAUAAUUUUCAUUCAUGUUGUAGCUU